CGUCGGACUUGUACGGAGGAGGUUCUUCGUGUGAUCUUGUCCCACACAAACAACUCACUGGAUAUUAUUUCACUCGUUGUUUUUACUAACAUUUAUUCACGCUGGAUGUAAUGAGCUGCCGUGGAAGUCUGCGGUGACCUUUUUUUUUUCCCCCUCCGGAGGAAAGUGGUGCGGUGCCAGCAAGGCAGCGAGUUGCCGCCGCUACUUCACAGGAUCUUCUUGGGACAGCAAUAAAACAUCACAGCGGAAAGAUGGACGUGAAGCUGAUCUUGAUAUCUGCAUUGUUCGGAGUCCUCUGCAGUGCCCAGAAAGAGGGGAAUGAGUGCAUCAGUGCAAAUGCCAAAUACUGCGGGGAUUGCAUCCAGGCUGGAGCCAAAUGUGGCUGGUGCACCGACCCGGACUUCCUGAAACAAGGCGAGACCGUGUCGACCCGAUGUGACGAGCUGCAGUCGCUGAAGAGCCGCGGUUGUAACGAGCAGAUGAUAGAGAACCCUCACGGGGAGAAGAGGGUCCUCAGGAACAAGCCGGUGACCAACCGGAGAAAGGCCUCGGAGAAGCUGAAGCCGGAGGACAUCACCCAGAUCCAGCCCCAGAAGCUCAGUCUCACCCUCAGAUCCGGUGAGCCCCAGUCUUUCAACCUGAAGUUCAAGCGGGCAGAAGAUUAUCCCAUCGACCUGUACUACUUGAUGGACUUGUCCUACUCCAUGAAGGAUGAUCUGGAGAACGUGAAGAACCUGGGAACCCAUUUGAUGCUGGAAAUGUCAAAGAUCACGUCCGACUUCAGGAUAGGCUUCGGUUCCUUCGUGGAGAAGACGGUGAUGCCGUACAUCAGCACCACCCCCGCCAAGCUGCUCAACCCGUGCACCGGGGACCAGAACUGCACCAGUCCCUUCAGCUACAAGAACGUCCUGAAGCUGACCAGCGACGGCAAGAAGUUCAACGCCCUGGUGGGCCAGCAGCACAUCUCCGGGAACCUGGACUCCCCCGAGGGGGGCUUCGAUGCCAUCAUGCAAGUGGCCGUGUGUGGGGACCAGAUCGGUUGGAGGAACGUGACUCGCCUGCUGGUCUUCUCCACCGACGCAGGCUUCCACUUCGCAGGCGACGGCAAGCUGGGCGGCAUCGUGCUGCCCAACGACGGCAAAUGUCACCUGGAGAACAACGCUUACACCAUGAGCCACUACUACGACUAUCCCUCCAUCGCUCACCUGGUCCAGAAGCUGAGCGACAACAACAUUCAGACCAUCUUUGCUGUCACAGAGGAGUUUCAGCCUGUUUACCAAGAGCUGAAGAAUUUGAUCCCAAAGUCUGCAGUGGGCACCCUUUCUGCCAACUCCAGCAAUGUCAUCAACCUCAUUAUAGACGCUUAUAAUUCGCUGUCAUCCGAGGUCAUUCUGGAGAACAGCAAGCUUCCAGAGGGAGUAACCAUCGCCUACACGUCCCGCUGUAAGAACGGGCUGGUUAGCGAGGGGGAAAAUGGGCGAAAGUGCUCCAACAUCUCCAUCGGCGAUGAGGUGAUGUUCACCAUCAGCGUGACAUCUCAGGGCUGUCCCAAGCAAGGCCAGCCUGAGACCAUCAAGAUCAAACCCCUGGGCUUCACGGAGGAAGUGGAGAUCACGCUGCACUUCAUCUGCGAGUGCGAAUGCCACAAGGACGGCGUCCCCAACAGCGACCUGUGCUACUUCGGAAACGGCACCUACGAGUGCGGCGCCUGCAAGUGCAACGAGGGCCGCGUGGGCCGGCGGUGCGAGUGCAGCAGCAACGACGUGGCCAACGAGGACAUGGACCGCACCUGCCGCCGGGACAACGGCACCGACAUCUGCAGCAACAACGGCGACUGCGUGUGCGGCACCUGCGAGUGCAAGAAGAGGGACAACCGCGAGGAGCGCUACAGCGGGCAGUACUGCGAGUGCGACAACUUCAACUGCGACCGCUCGGGGAACAAACUGUGCGGAGGGCACGGCCGUUGUGAGUGCAGGGUGUGUGUCUGCGACAACAUGUGGACCGGCAGCGCCUGUGACUGUUCUCUGGACACCAGCACGUGUCUCGCCAGCAACAAGCAGAUCUGUAACGGCAGAGGGACGUGCACCUGCGGCACCUGCAAGUGCACUGACCCCAAGUUCCAGGGACCCACCUGUGAAACCUGCCCCACCUGUCCAGGAGUGUGCACCGAACACAAGGAGUGCGUCCAAUGUCGGGCUUUCGGGACGGGGGAGAAGAAGGAAACGUGCGAGAGGGACUGCAGCUACUUCAACUUGAUCAAAGUGAAGGACCGGGACAAGCUGCCUCAGCCCAACGACGCCUCCUACCCCGUGAUGCACUGCAAGGAGAGGGACGCCAACGACUGCUGGUUCUACUACACCUACGCCAUCAACAACAACACGGAGAAGGAAGUCCAUGUGGUGGAAACUCUGGACUGUCCUGCUGGGCCCGACAUCAUCCCCAUUGUGGCGGGCGUGGUCGCCGGCAUCGUCCUGAUUGGUUUAGCCCUGCUGCUCAUCUGGAAGCUGCUGACCAUCAUCCACGAUCGCAGAGAGUUUGCUAAAUUUGAGAAGGAGAAGAUGAACGCCAAAUGGGACACGCAAGACAACCCCAUAUACAAGAGUCCUAUCAAUAAGUUCCAGAAUCCAAACUAUGGACGUAGACCAGAUGCCCUUUAAGGUGAGAAUCCCAUCUACAAAAGUGCCGUCACCACCGUGGUCAACCCCAAGUAUGAAGGCAAAUGAUGAGGAGACGGUCGUCACGACAACGCUCCAUUUGACCAGCGCCCGCCUCCACUAACACACGUAUUUAUGUGCUUCUCUCUUAUUGUGGAUGUACAGUACAUGUAUAUACUUUGAACAGUCACACGUGUGCAAGAAAUGAAGCCCCCUUUCACUUCUCACCACGCUAUCGCCGACAUAAACGGAAAUAUUCAGCUUGGUAAAGGUAUGUCGUGUGCACUUCCUGUCCGUCGACGGUGUCUUGGACCUGAGGAGUGGUCUAUAUAUACAGGUAAAAGCCAGUAAAUUAGAAUAUUUUGAAAAACUUGAUUUAUUUCAGUAAUU